AUGGUGGACUUGAACUCGGGACUUCAGGUCACGAAUCGGGCGCUCCACCACUUGAGCUACAGAUACCGUCACGCGACACCUGAAAAGAAGGGAUAUCCGGAUGAAGAGGACCCGCGGCACAACGACAGCUUAUACCACCCCGACGACAAGGAGACCACACCAUCAAAAGCAAAGCACAAAGGGCGGUGUCUGUGCUUCGUCGCCGGAAUCAUGUCCGAUGGGGACAAGUUCCAACCCAAGGACUACCACAGCAUGUUCACGCAUGCUUUCUUUGUUGACUGCGAUGGACAAUGCAAAAUACCAUCAAGGAAAGCCAUGAAGAAGGCGGACAUGUUGUCGGCGUGUGAAACUUAUGGAAUCAACGUGAACCAGCGAUUAACCAGACCUGUUGUGUGGGCAGUGCUCAAGGACCACGUCGAUCGUGCUGUCAAGUCGGAGGUCGAGUCCAUGGCCAUGGAGCGCGGCCACCUGGUUGCUUGGACGCCACCGUAUCGCUCCGACCUACAGCCUAUCGAAAUGGUGUGGUCAGACGUGAAAGGCAAAGUCGGAAGACAGUACACGGUGACAACAUCGUUCGAGGACGUCAGGGUGCGGUUGGAUGCAGCGUUUGCUUCGCUGCCAAGCAAGACAAUCUACAACUACAUCGGUCCCACAGAGAGGAAAGUAGCAGCCAUGAGUCUAUACCUCGAGACUCUUGACGAAGCGAACGAUGAGCUAGGCCAAGGUUCAUCAGACGACGAAAACUCCGUUGACAUGGCCAGUGAGGCCAGUUCAGAUGAUGACGAGUGA